AUGGACCACCAUGAUCAACACCCGCCAAACACCCAAGAUACCUUCAAAAUUUUAUUAUGCACCGAUCUCCACAUCGGCGUACACGAGCGUGAUCCCGUUAGAGGCGCUGAUUCGAUCAACACGCUCAGAGAAAUACUCGAUCUUAGUGUUCAGAAUGACGUAGACUUUAUCCUCUGCGCUGGAGAUCUAUUCCACGAGCAUAAGCCAUCGACUCAGUCUGUGAUAUCUGUAAUGUCCCUGCUGAGGGAAUACUGCCUCAACGAUCGCCCUGUGUCCAUUCAGCUCCUCAGCGAUCCAUACGACCAGCGCCGACCUGACAUCACGUACCCAUCCAUCAACUACGAAGACUCAAACUUGAACGUUGGUCUCCCCUUCUUUCUCAUCCACGGCAACCACGACGACCCGCAGACUGUCCCUAACUGGCCCAGUGGUGCUCCCAGCUUGAGUGCUGUUGACCACCUCAGCACUGCUGGUUUAGUCAACUACUUUGGCAAAGUCGAUGUUCCAGCCACAGACGAAGCUCCUGACGAUGGCUUAGAUGAUGAGCGAGCCAUCAACGUAAAACCUAUCCUCCUCCAAAAAGGCACGACCAAGACGGCCCUUUUCGGCAUCGGCAACAUCCGCGACCAGCGAUUCAAUCAGGAGCUCAAGAAUGGCAGGGUGAACAUGUACGCGCCACUGGAAGAUGCGGACGACUACUUCAACAUACUUCUCAUACACCAAAACCGCAUCAACAGGGGAGCGAUGCAAGCAGUACCCGAGCAUCUCUUCGAUGACUCGAUCAGUUUGGUAGUAUGGGGACACGAGCAUGACUGUCGGAUAGUGCCUGAAACAGUCUCCGAGAAACCCUACCGCAUAACCCAACCUGGUUCAUCUGUCGCGACGAGUUUGAGUGAAGGUGAAGCUGUACCUAAGCACGUUGGUCUGCUCGAAAUACACGGCAAAGAAUACAACCUCACUCCGCUGCCUCUUAAAACCGUGCGACCGUUCGUGAUGCAAGAUGUUUGUUUGCGCGAGGUGCAAGAAGAGCGUGGUGUGCAGCUGGCGGGGAAGUUGGAGGUGAACAAGUAUCUACGUCACACUAUAACCGAGUUGAUUGAACGCGCUUAUGAGGAACAUGCGGAGAAAAUGUCCAUAUCGCUGCAUAACCUUGACAGAGACUCCCUUCCACUCCCCCUCAUUCGCUUGCGCGUAGACUACACGGGUUUCGAAAUAGGGAAUCCGCAGCGCCUGGGUAUGGAGUUCGGUGAACGCGUAGCUAAUCCGAAGGACAUUGUGCAUUUUACACGCAAGAGACAGCAGCGCAAGGCGGCAGUGGUAGCCGAUGAGCCAGGCCAACUGGAUCUGGAUGUACAUGGAGGUGAAAAUGAGAAUGAAGAUGAUGAAGACGACGGCUCACGCUCCGGCAAACUUAAACUGCGUGUAGAGUCACUCGUCAACUCCUUCCUUGCAGCCCAGCACCUCCAGCUGCUCCAUGAGGACGGUCUGCAGAGAUCUGUCGAGGCGUUUGUGGAGAAGGGCGAUAACCACGCUAUUGCUGAUAGCGUGGAGAGGAUGGUCGAACAUGCUGUCGAGUUCUUGAGCAGACAGUCCAUCGCUGAUGUGGAAGAUGACGAUGAUAUCGAGAAGGCAAAGGCGUAUACGAGAGAUAAGUAUAGAGGAGCACAUACGCGUGAUGAGACGGAUGAGGCGGGUGAAAGGGGCUUAACGCAUGCAACGGCUGAUAGCAUGCAUGAGGAUGGCGGGGAUAGCGAGGUAGACGUCGCGCCUGCGCCUGCGCCAACAAGAGGCAGAGGCAGAGGGAGGAGUAGGGGAGCAGCAAGAGGGAAAAGCACUGCCACUAGCACUGGUAGAGGCAGAGGCAGAAGCAAUGUUACAAGUAAAGACACGCACAUGAGGAAGAAACGCGGCGAGGAAGUGGAAGAAGAGGAUGAACACGAUGAACAUGAUGAAGCUCUCUUUCAUUCAAGUGAUGAUUCAGUACAGCUGACGCAGCCAUCGAGAUCUAAAAAAUCCUCGGCACGUGCUGAGGUGUUGAGCAGAGGCACGAGCAACUCCACGGCCACGGGUCAAUCUACCUCGCACGUCCCCCAGCGCAGAAGACGUACGCAGGAGUUUUACGAUGUAUCUUCUGAGGAGGAAGAUAGGUCGACAAAUAGACGCAGAUAUUAG